AUGCCUUGGCUACACGAGUACCACAACCACUGUGAAGAGAUUCUUGGAGACAUCAGAAUGAUUCCUUCUCAGUCUCUUGUGAAAGGCUGUGAGAACAUCAGACCUAAAGCCAAGGAGUUUGUGAGCUCUCUGUUAGAGAGCUACGACCUGGCUGAGAACCUUCUGCUUGAAGAAUCUCUUGGAAAAGUAUCUGACAUGGGCAACCCCAAACCCUUGGUGCUGUGCCUGCCAUGUAAAGAUGCCACCCUGCUGAUCCAUGAAGCCACACUGGAAGAUGGCCUGGAAAAAGAAGCUAUAGAGAAGACCCACAGCACAACCUCCCAGGCAAUCCAGACUGGGAUGAAGAUGAAUGCAGAGUUCAUCAUGCUCAACCACUUCAGCCAGAGGUACGCCAAGAUCCCACUCUUCAGCGAGGACUUCAGCGACAAGGUUGGAAUUGCCUUCGACCACAUGAGGGUACGUUUUGGUGACUUUCCAACCAUCCCGAAGCUGAUCCCGCCGCUGAAAGCUCUGUUUGCAGAUGACAUCGUGGAAAUGGAGGAACGCAAGGAGAAGCGGGAGAUGCGGCUCCUGAAGGAGACGGCCCUGGUCCUGGACAGACUGACUGGGGGGGAGAACACGGGGGCAGCGUGCCAGAAACGGAAACAGGCCAAGAACCACCAGGAAGUACCAGACAAGAAGCUUAAAACAGUGAUUGUGCCCAUCCUGACCAACCAGAAGAACCACCAGGGCUGGCCACGAGUGGUGUCACAGGACAUCAUCUGUCAUGUCCACAACCUAAAAAAAACUGUUUUCAUGGUUGUUGGCCAAGUAAAGGGCAGGACCUUGCUGCCUCUUCCAGCUGGCUCGGAGGGAAUUGAGGACAUUGAUCCGGAAAACGAGAGAUUCCUGGAGCUGAUUGAUAAAUCCCUCGUCCAUGCCACCGAGUCAGCCAUCAUUGACUGGAGCCACCAGAUCCAGAGAGCCCUGAAGAAAGAGUCCUCAGAGCCUCUCCUGCAAGGCAGCAACCCGAACCCGAAGGUGGAACUGGAAUUCUGGAAGAACAGGUGUGAUGAGCUGGAAUGCAUUUAUGACCAGCUGAAAUCCAGGAAGGUCAGGAACAUGAUGGAGGUGCUGGAGAGAGUGAAGAGCAUCUAUGUCCCAGCUUUCAAAACCAUGCUCAGGGAUGUUGAGGCAGCUCUGGCCGAAGCUCAGGACAUCCACCUGCACCUGACACCCCUCCAGGGCCCCUUGGAGGACAUAGAGGCUGUUGAGUUCAGCAAGGUGAAGCCUUUCCUGGUCCCUCUGCUCCACAUGGUGUGUUGGAUCUGGGUCACUUCCAAGCACUACAACGUAGCUGUGAGGAUCAUAGUUCUGCUCCAGGAAAUCUGCAACCUGCUCAUCCAGCAGGCCGUGGUGUACCUGUCUCCAGAAGACCUUCUGAAAGGAGAGAUGGAAGAGAGCCUGGGCAAGGUGCAAACAGUGCUUGACAUCCUGAAUGGCUUCAAAGGGGUGUUUGAGGAGAGGCGGGAAAAUCUGCACAUGUAUUAUGAGCCAGGCCAGGAAGUGAGGAAGUGGAACUUCCACUCCUGGAUGGUGUUUGCAAGGCUGGACAGCUUCCUGGAGAGGCUGGAGGUGGUGAAGGGUCUCCUGACCACGGCCUUGGACCUGACAAAGCUGGAGAAGAUGGAGUUCAGCGGGAUUAGAGGGAGGGCCCUGGGCCAGCAGGUGCUGGACAUGUAUGAGGAGUUCCAGGAGGCCUACAAGGUGUUUGCAGAGCGAAGCUACGACUGCCUCGACCUGGCCAACAUGGAGUUUGAGCAGGAUGCCUUGGGUUUCCAGCAGAAAGUAGAAGACAUCGACCAUCGGCUGGGCACUGUGUUCACCCAGGCCUUCGAUGACACACUGGACUUGGAGCACAUCUUCAAGUUGCUGAGCAUGUUCCAGAGCCUUUUGGAGCGUCCGGUGAUCGCUGCAGUUGCUGCUGACAAAUGGCCUCUUCUCAUCAGCAUGUUCAGCACUGCGCUGGACCAGACCAGGCUCAUCUACUCCAGGCACACCCAGGCAGGGCUCGAGCUCGGGUCUCCCCCCCUGCACAAGAACAUGCCCCCCGUGGCUGGAGCGCUGGGCUGGGCUCGGGAGCUGCGAGCGCGGAUCCAGAGGCCUUUUGAUCACCUCAGGCAAAUCCCACACCUGAGCUUGGAGUCUGCCCAAGGAAGGAGGGUGGUACAGAAAUAUGAGGAAAUGAUCCAGCUGCUUGACAGGUAUCAGGAAAAACUGUAUUUAGACUGGUCCCAGACAGUCUCAGAAAAAUCCCAGUACAACCUGACUCAGCCGCUCAUCCGGCGAGACCCAGAAACCAAACUGAUCACUGUCAACUUUGAUCCCCAGCUGGUCUCGGUGCUCAGGGAGGUGAGUUACCUGUCGGGCAGCCGGGCAGGAGCCAUCCCACCCACGGCAGCAGGAAUCUACUCCUCCAGGGAAUCCUACCGGCAGCUGGUGGCCAACCUGGAGCUGAUGGGGAACAGGUACAACAAGGUCCUGAGAACAGUGCUGGAGGUGGAAUAUCCCCUGGUGCAGGGGCAGCUGCAGGAUGUCGAUGUGAAGCUGAAAGAGGCAGAAGAAACCCUGACCUGGAAGAUGGAGGGUGUGUGGGAUCACAUCUCUGGGGUCAUGGAAGGUGUCCAUGACCUCGAGCAGAGGCUGCAGAAAGCCAAGGACAAUGUUGAGUUGAUCCAGAGCAUUGUGGGCUCGUGGGCAUCUCCCAUCCUGGAGAGGAAGGAUGGUAAAAGGGACUCAGUGCUGAGCCUGGAGGAUUGUCAGAAUCACCUGGAAAAGCGCUACAGCCUUGUCAGAGAGGCCGGGCAGAGGAUCCACUCCCUGCUGAAGGAAAACCAGAGCCUCUUACUUGCAGACCCAGCAUCUGACUCCUGGAAGGCCUAUGUGGAUUAUGUGGAUGAGAUAGUCCUGGAUGGAUUCUUCACUGCCAUUGAGUGCUCGCUCAAGUACCUCCUGGAGAACACAGAUCCCAAGGCAGGGCUUGCUCCCCUGUUUGAGGUGCAGCUGGAUUUGGUGAUCCCAGAUUUGGUAUUUCACCCAUCCCUGGACCCUGGCACACAUGAUGGCUUCUCUGACAUGGUGGAAAGUCUCCUGAACAGCAUCUACCACAUCUCCUCGUUGGUGCCCCGGCUGGCCACACACAGCGGCUUCCCCCACUACCAGGCAGACCUGGAGGACAUGUCUGGCCUGGCUGAGCUGCGCCAGGAGCUGCUGUGCCGUGUCCAGGCCGUGGUGUCCUCGUGCUGUGAGUUCCGGGGUUCCCUGGGGCGCUAUUCCCACGUGUACGGGGAGGACCGGCGGGAGCUGAGCCGGCAGUUCCUGUUCUAUGGGCGCGUCCUCACGGCCGCAGAGCUCGAGGCCCAGGACAUGGUCCCUGAGGCACCGCCCACGCUGCAGCAGUUCAGGGAGCACAUCGACUCCUACGAGAGGCUCUACGAGGAGGUGACUCACAUGGAGCCCCUCAGCACCUUCCAGGGCUGGGUGAGGGUCGAUGUUCGGCCUUUCAAGGCGGCCUUGCUGAAUGAGAUUAAAAGGUGGAGCUUGGUGUUCAAGCAGCAUCUCCUGGAGCACGUCACACACAGCUUGGCUGACCUUGAGGAGUUCAUCCAAACUGCUGAGAAAGGGCUGAGCAGGAAGGUCGAGAAGGGGGAUUACAACAGCCUCGUGGAGGUCAUGGGACACCUCCUGGCCGUGAAGGAGCGACACGGUGCCACCGACGCCAUGUUUGAGCCCCUGAGGGAAACCAUUGACCUGCUGAGGGCCUACGAGCAGCAGGUGCCAGGGGAAGUCCACCAGCAACUGGAGGAGCUGCCAGAGAAGUGGAACCACGUGAAGAAGCUGGCCCUGGCUGUGAGGCAGCAUGUGGCUCCUCUCCAGGCCAACGAGAUGACUGCCCUGCGCCAGAGCUGCGCCGCCUUCGACGCCCAACAGCUCCACUUCAGGGAGAGGUUUGGGAGAGAAGCUCCCUUCAGGUUUGACACCGAAAAGCCUUAUCAACUGCUGGAUGCAAAGCACGUGGAGAUUAAACAGAUGGAGUCAGCCAUGACCUCGAUUUCUGAAUCAGCUGGUCUGUUUGAAGUCAUGGUGCCAGAAUAUAAACAACUGAAGCAGUGCAGGAAGGAGCUGUGUCUUCUCAAAGAGCUCUGGGAUAUGAUCUCCCUGGUGAACACCAGCCUCAGUGACUGGCAGACCACCAAAUGGGUGGAUAUUAAUGUGGAAAACAUGGAUCUGGAGUGUAAAAAGUUUGCAAGAGAGAUUCGGAAUCUGGAUAAAGAAAUGAGGGCAUGGGAUGCUUUCACUGGACUGGACAGCAAGGUGAAGAACAUGCUGACGGCCCUGAAGGCGGUGGCAGAACUUCAAAACCCUGCCAUCAGAGAAAGGCACUGGAACCAGCUGAUGCAGGUGACGGGUGUGAGGUUUGUGAUGGACUCAGACACCACGCUGGCUGACCUCCUCAGGCUCAACCUGCAUAAAUUUGAGGGUGAGGUCCAUGGAAUUGUGGACAAAGCAGUGCGAGAAAUGAGCAUGGAGAAAGUGCUGAAGGAGCUGAGAGCGACUUGGAGCACCAGGGAGUUCCAGUACGAGCCUCACUCCCGCACCAACAUCCCCUUGCUGAAGUCAGAUGAGGAGCUCAUUGAAACUUUGGAAGACAACCAGGUGCAGCUGCAGAAUUUGAUGUCAUCCAAAUAUAUUGCUUUCUUCCUGGAGGAGGUGUCUGCCUGGCAGAGGCAACUCUCCACUGCCGACUCUGUCCUUUCCCUCUGGUUCGAGGUGCAGCGCACGUGGUGUCACCUGGAGGGCAUCUUCAUAGGCUCAGAGGAUAUCCGGGCACAGCUGCCCCAGGACUCCAAGUGCUUUGAAGGGAUUGAUGUGGAUUUUAAAGAACUGACCUAUGAAGUUCAGAAAACCCCAAAUGUAGUUGAGGCCACCAAUAAACCAGGUCUGUCCCAGCAGCUGGAGGACAUUCAGAGGAGGUUGUCUCUGUGUGAGAAGGCUUUGGCUGAAUAUCUGGACAUGAAGAGGUUGGCCUUUCCCAGAUUUUACUUCAUUUCUUCCACAGAUUUAUUGGAUAUUCUUUCCAACGGCACUAACCCACACAUGGUGCAACGUCAUCUUUCCAAACUUUUUGACAGCUUGGCCAAGGUGAAAUUCCAAGUGGACUCUGAGCAAAAGGCAAUGAAGGUUGGCCUGGGAAUGUACAGUAGAGAGGAGGAAUAUGUCCCCUUCAGUGAACCCUGUGACUGCAGUGGGCAGGUCGAGGUGUGGCUCAAUCACCUGCUGGACACCAUGAGGGCCACGGUGAGGGACGAGAUGACGGCGGCUGUCACGGCCUACGAGGAGAAGCCGAGGGAGCAAUGGCUCUUUGACUACCCUGCCCAGGUGGCUCUCUCCUGCACCCAGAUCUGGUGGACAACCGAGGUGGGGAUUGCCUUUGCCAGGAUGAAGGAAGGCUACGAGAAGGCCAUGAAGGAGUACCACAAGAAGCAGGUGGCCCAGCUGAACAGCCUGGUGACCAUGCUGCUGGGGCAGCUCUCCAAGGGCGACAGGCAGAAGAUCAUGACCAUCUGCACCAUCGACGUGCACGCUCGGGAUGUGGUGGCAAAGAUGAUUGCACAGAAGGUGGACAAUGCCCAGGCAUUCGUGUGGCUGUCGCAGCUCCGGCACCGCUGGUCAGAUGAGGAGCAGCACUGCUUUGCCAACAUCUGUGAUGCCCAGUUCCUGUACUCCUAUGAGUACCUUGGCAACACCCCUCGGCUCGUGAUCACCCCCCUGACCGACAGGUGUUACAUCACCCUGACCCAGGCCCUGCACCUGACCAUGAGCGGAGCCCCCGCGGGCCCUGCGGGCACCGGCAAGACGGAGACAACGAAGGAUUUGGGCCGAGCCCUGGGCAUGAUGGUGUACGUGUUCAACUGCUCCGAGCAGAUGGACCACCAGUCUUGUGGGAAUAUUUACAAAGGCCUUGCCCAGACAGGAGCUUGGGGCUGUUUUGAUGAAUUUAACAGGAUCUCAGUUGAGGUGCUUUCGGUGGUUGCUGUCCAGGUGAAGAGUGUGCAGGAUGCCAUACGGGAGAAGAAGAAAUCCUUCAAUUUUCUUGGAGAAGACAUUAACUUGGUCCCCUCAGUAGGCAUUUUCAUCACCAUGAACCCUGGUUAUGCAGGACGAACUGAACUACCUGAGAAUUUGAAAGCUCUAUUCAGGCCCUGUGCCAUGGUUGUGCCAGACUUUGAGCUGAUCUGUGAGAUUAUGCUGGUGGCCGAGGGGUUCAUCGAGGCCCGGGUGUUGGCCAGGAAAUUCAUCACUCUCUACCAACUCUGCAAAGAGCUCCUGUCCAAGCAGGAUCACUAUGAUUGGGGUCUCCGUGCCAUCAAGUCUGUGCUGGUGGUCGCCGGGUCCCUCAAACGCGCCGACCCCGAGCGCCCUGAGGAGCAGGUUCUGAUGCGCUCCCUGCGUGACUUCAACAUCCCCAAGAUCGUGACAGACGAUAUGCCCGUGUUCAUGGGGCUCAUUGGGGAUCUGUUCCCUGCCCUGGCUGUGCCUCGGAAGCGUGACCUGGAUUUCGAGGCGUUGGUGAGACAGGCUGUGCUGGAGCUGCGGCUGCAGCCUGAGGACAACUUUGUGCUCAAAGUGGUGCAGCUGGAGGAGCUGCUGAUGGUCCGACACUCCGUGUUCGUGGUGGGAAACGCGGGCACGGGCAAGUCCCAGGUGAUGAGAUCCCUGCACAGGACCCACCAGAUAAUGAAGAGACGUCCUGUGUGGACAGACCUCAACCCCAAGGCAGUCACCAACGAUGAGCUUUUUGGCAUCAUUAACCCAGCAACAAGAGAGUGGAAAGAUGGACUGUUCUCAUCAAUCAUGCGAGAGCUGGCCAACCUCACACAUGAUGGUCCCAAGUGGAUGGUACUGGAUGGAGAUAUUGAUCCAAUGUGGAUUGAAUCUCUUAAUACUGUGAUGGAUGACAAUAAGGUGCUGACCCUGGCCAGCAAUGAGAGGAUCCCUCUGAACCCAACGAUGAGGUUGCUCUUUGAGAUCAGCCACCUGCGCUCGGCCACCCCGGCCACCGUGUCCAGGGCGGGGAUCCUGUACAUCAACCCAUCGGACCUGGGCUGGAAUCCCCCGGUGAGCAGCUGGAUUGACCGGCGAGAGAUCGAGUCUGAGAGAGCCAACCUGACCAUCCUGUUUGACAAGUACCUGCCAGUCUGCCUGGACACCCUCAGGACAAGAUUUAAGAAGAUUAUUCCCAUUCCUGAGCAGAGCAUGGUUCAGAUGCUGUGUUACCUCCUGGAAUGCCUCCUGACUGAGGAGAACACACCUUCUGACUGUCCCAAGGAGCUCUAUGAGCUUUACUUUGUCUUUGCUGCUGUCUGGGCCUUUGGUGGAUCCAUGUUUCAGGACCAGCUUGUGGACUACAGACUGGAGUUCAGCAAGUGGUGGGUGGCAGAAUUCAAGACAAUCAAGUUUCCCUCUCAGGGCACAGUCUUUGACUUUUACAUUGAUCCAGAAACAAAGAAGUUUGAGCCUUGGUCUAAACUUAUUCCCCAGUUUGAAUUUGAUCCAGAGGUGCCAUUACAGGCUUGCCUGGUGCCCACCCCUGAGACAGUGCGUGUGUGGUACCUCCUGGACAGGCUCCUGGAGCGCCGGCGCCCUGUGAUGCUGGUGGGCACUGCGGGCACAGGGAAGUCUGUGCUGGUGGGGGACAAACUCUCCUCUCUGGACACAGACACAUAUGUGGUGAAGAAGGUCCCGUUUAACUACUACACCACCUCUGCCAUGCUGCAAGAAAUGCAGCAGCUCUGGGCCCCGCCCUGGUAUGACCGGACCAGGCUGUCCCUGAAGGAGAUCACCAAUGUGCAGUACGUGUCCUGCAUGAACCCCACUGCAGGGAGCUUCACCAUCAACCCCAGGCUGCAGCGUCACUUCUGUGUCUUCGCUCUCUCCAACCCUGACCAGGAUGCCUUGACCAGGAUCUACAGCACCAUUUUAGUGCAGCAUCUGACCAGUGGGAAUUUCUCGGAGGCUGUGCAAAAAUCAGCCCAGCAGCUGAUUGCCCUCGCCCUGGGGCUGCACAGGAGGGUGGCUGCCACCUUCCUGCCAACAGCUGUCAAGUUCCACUACGUUUUCAAUCUGAGAGACUUCUCCAACAUCUUCCAAGGCCUCCUGUUCUCUACCCCUGAAUGUCUGAAGGAACCCCAGGACCUGGUGAAGCUCUACCUGCACGAGUCCAACCGGGUGUACCGGGAUAAGAUGGUUGAAGCAAACGAUUAUGGUACCUUUGAUAAAAUCCAGAGGGAGAUGGUGAAGAAAUUCUAUGAUGACAUGGAAGAAACUUUAGAGCAGACCAAGCACAUGAAUAUUUUUUGCCAUUUUGCUAAAGGCACUGGGGAACCUGGGUACAGGCCAAUCCCAACCUGGGAGGAGCUGAACCAGAUCCUUGUGGAAGCCUUGGAUAACUACAAUGAAGUCAACGCUGCCAUGAACCUGGUGCUGUUUGAGGAUGCCAUGUGCCAUGGACAACCCCUCUUGCUUUCAAACCUCCAGGCAGACCUGGCAAACCUGUACCUGAAGGCUGGUGUGAAGAACACGGGCACUGUGUUCCUGCUGACGGACGUGCAGGUGGCGGACGAGCAGUUCCUGGUGCUGGUCAAUGACUUCUUGGCAUCAGGGGAAAUACCAGAUCUCUUCCCUGAUGAGGAAGUUGAGAACAUCAUCAGCAGCGUGAGGAAUGAAGUCAAAGGCCGGGGGUUGGUGGGCUCCAGGGAGACCUGCUGGAAGUUUUUUACAGAGCGGGCUCGGCGGCAGCUCAAGGUUGCUCUGUGUUUCUCCCCCGUCGGCUCCAAACUGCGGCUCCGCAGCAGGAGGUUCCCGGCCCUCGUCAGCUGCACCACCAUCGACUGGUUCCAGGAGUGGCCACGGGAGGCCCUGGAGUCCGUCAGCCUCUGCUUCCUGAGAGACAUGGGGGCUGUGGAGGAUUCAGUGAAAGAUUCAAUAAGCAAAUUCAUGGCCCAUGUCCACAUCAGUGUCAACGAGAUGUCCCGGCUGUACCUGAGCAACGAGCGCCGCUACAACUACACCACCCCAAAGUCCUUCCUGGAGCAAAUCAAACUCUACCAGAGCCUGCUGCUGAAAAAGGACGAGGAUUUAAAGGCAAAAACGGAGCGGCUGGAGAACGGCCUGGAGAAGCUCAACAGCACCUCUGCACAGGUGGAUGAGCUGAAGGCCAAGCUGGCAGCCCAGGAGGUGGAGCUGAAGCAGAAGAGUGAGGAUGCUGACAAGCUGAUCCAGGUGGUGGGGGUGGAGACAGAGAAGGUGAGCAGGAAAAAGGCUGUGGCCGACGAGGAGGAGAGGAAGGUGGCACUGAUCACCCAGGAGGUGGAGCAGAAGCAGAAGGACUGUGAGGAGGAUCUGGCCAAGGCUGAGCCUGCCCUGGCAGCUGCCCAGGCUGCUCUCAACACCCUCAACAAGACCAACCUGACAGAGCUGAGAUCCUUUGGGUCACCCCCUUCUGCCGUCAGCAACGUCACUGCGGCCGUGAUGGUGCUGACGGCCCCGGGAGGGAAGAUCCCCAAGGACAGGAGCUGGAAAGCAGCCAGAGUGGCCAUGGCCAGGGUGGAUGGCUUCCUGGACUCCCUGAUCAAGUUCAACAAGGAGAACAUCCACGAGAACUGCCUCAAAGCCCUCCAGCCUUAUUUACAAGACCCCAAGUUCAACCCCGAGUUCGUGGCCACCAAGUCGGCAGCGGCGGCCGGGCUGUGCUCCUGGGUGGUGAACAUCGUGCGCUUCCACGGCGUGUUCUGUGAGGUGCAGCCCAAGAGGCAGGCCCUGAGCAGGGCCAACACCGAGCUGGCAGCAGCCCAGGACAAGCUGGGCACCAUCAAGGCCAAAAUUGCUCGCCUCAACCAGAACCUGGGCAGGCUCAGGGCCCAGUUUGAGGAAGCUACUUCAGACAAGCUCAAGUGUCAGCAAGAGGCUGCAGCGACAGCGAGAACCAUCGCCCUGGCCAACCGGCUGGUUGGGGGCCUGGCCUCUGAGAACGUGAGAUGGGCUGAGGCUGUGAAGGCCUUCAAAGAGCAGCAGAGCACCUUGUGUGGGGAUGUCCUGCUGAUCACGGCCUUCGUGUCCUACCUGGGCUACUUCACCAGGAAAUACCGCCAGGACCUCCUGGAGGGUGUCUGGAAACCAUAUCUGCACCAGCUCAAAGUGCCCAUCCCUGUGAGCCCGUGCCUGGACCCCCUGGCCAUGCUGGCGGACGAGGCGGCCGUGGCGGGCUGGCACAACGAGGGGCUCCCGGCCGACCGCACCUCUGCUGAGAACGCCACCAUCCUGAGCACCUGCGAGCGCUGGCCCCUCCUGGUGGACCCCCAGCUCCAGGGCAUCCAAUGGAUCAAAGCAAGAUAUGGCCCAGGGCUCCGAGUGCUCCGGGUUGGGAACAAGGGGUACCUGGACACGCUGGAACGAGCUCUGGCUGCAGGAGAACUGGUUUUGAUUGAAAACCUGGAGGAAUCUGUGGAUCCAGUGUUGGGACCAUUACUGGGGCGAGAAACAAUCAAGAAAGGCAGGUACAUCAAGAUUGGGGACAAAGAGUGUGAGUUCAGCCCUGCUUUCCGCCUCAUCCUGCACACGAAGCUGGCAAACCCCCACUUCCCACCCGAGCUGCAGGCCCAGUGCACCCUCAUCAACUUCACCGUCACCAGGGACGGGCUGGAGGAGCAGCUGCUGGCAGCCGUGGUCAGCAUGGAGAGGCCUGACCUGGAGGAGCUCAAGUCAGAUCUCACAAAGCAGCAGAAUGGAUUCAAGAUCACCUUGAAAACAUUAGAGGACAACUUGCUCUCUCGGCUGUCAUCAGCAUCUGGGAAUUUCCUGGGAGACACAGUCUUGGUGGAGAACUUGGAGAUCACUAAACAGACAGCUGCAGAAAUCGAGGAGAAGGUGCAGGACUUCAAGGUGACGGAAGCCAAGAUUAACGAGGCCAGGGAGCACUACAGGCCCGCGGCCGCCAGGGCCUCCCUGCUCUACUUCACCAUGAACGAGCUCCACCACAUCCACCCCAUGUACCAGUUCUCCCUGAAGGCAUUCCAGAAGGUGUUCCAGAGAGCCAUGGAGAGGGCGGCUCCCGCCGAGGGGCUCCCAGAGCGCGUGAGGAGCCUCAGCGACAGCAUCACCUUCUGCGUGUGCCAGAGCACGGCCCGGGGGCUGUUCGAGGGGGACAGGCUGACCUACACUGCCCAGCUCACCUUCCAGAUACUCCUGAUGAAUAAAGAAAUCAACCCAGCAGAGCUGGAUUUCCUGCUGAGAUACCCAGCACAGCCUGGAGUCACGAGCCCUGUGGAGUUCCUGUCUGACCAUUCCUGGGGAGGAAUCAAGGCUCUCUCAUCCAUGGAGGAAUUCAGAAACCUGGAUCGGGAUAUCGAAGGGUCUGCAAAAAGGUGGAAGAAAUUUAUUGAAUCUGAGUGUCCUGAGAGGGAGAAGUUCCCCCAGGAGUGGAAGAACAAGUCGUCCCUGCAGCGCCUGUGCAUCCUGAGGGCCCUGCGGCCCGACCGCGUCACCUGUGCCCUCAGAGAUUUUGUAGAAGAAAAGCUGGGCAGUAAAUAUGUGGCUGGGAGAUCCCUGGAUUUUGCAACAACCUUUGAGGAAUCAGGACCUGCAACCCCAAUGUUUUUUAUCCUGUCCCCAGGAGUGGACCCACUGAAGGAUGUGGAGAAACAUGGGAAGAAACUUGGCUUUACAUUCAACAACAGGAACCUCCACAAUGUGUCCCUUGGACAAGGCCAAGAGGUGGUUGCUGAACAAGCUCUGGAUCUGGCUGCAAAGGAGGGGCACUGGGUCAUCCUUCAGAACAUCCACCUGGUGGCCAAGUGGCUGAGUUCCCUGGAGAAGAAGCUGGAGCAGCACAGUGAGGGCAGCCACCAGGACUUCCGUGUCUUCAUCAGCGCAGAGCCAGCACCUUCCCCCGAGAGCCACAUCAUUCCCCAGGGCAUCCUGGAGAACUCCAUCAAAAUCACCAACGAGGCCCCCACUGGGAUGCAGGCAAACCUGCACGGAGCCCUUGACAACUUCAGCCAGGACACCCUGGAGAUGUGCAGCCACGAGAAGGAGUUCAGGAGCAUCCUGUUUGCCCUGUGCUAUUUCCAUGCCGUGGUGGCCGAGCGGCGCAGGUUCGGCCCCCAGGGCUGGAACCGCCCGUACCCCUUCAGCAGCAGGGACCUGACCAUCUCUGUGACUGUGCUGCACAACUACCUGCAGGCCAGCUCCAAGGUGCCCUAUGAUGACCUGCGCUACCUUGUGGGUGAGAUCAUGUAUGGGGGUCACAUCACAGAUGACUGGGACAGGAGGCUUUGCAAAACCUAUUUGGAAGAAUUUAUUAAGCCAGAAAUGCUGGAGGGAGAACUUCUCCUUGCUCCAGGAUUCCCCCUCCCAGGGAACAUGGACUACAAUGGCUAUCACCAGUACAUAGAUGAAGCCCUGCCUCCAGAGUCUCCAUACCUGUAUGGGCUCCAUCCCAACGCUGAGCUUGGCUUCCUCACACAGAGCUCGGAGCAGCUCCUGCACACGCUGUUGGAGCUGCAGCCCCGGGACAGCAGCACUGGAGAAGGAGGAGUGGGGACCAGGGAGGAAACGGUGAAAGACCUUCUGGAAGAGAUGUUGCAGAAGCUGGGCGAUGAGUUUAACAUGGCAGAGCUGGUGGCCAGGCUGGAGCAGAGGACGCCCUACGCCGUGGUCGCCCUGCAGGAGUGCGAGCGCAUGAACGUCCUCACCGGGGAGAUCAAGCGCUCGCUGCUGGAGCUGGAGCUGGGCCUGAAGGGAGAGCUGACCAUGACCAGUGACAUGGAGAGCCUGCAGAAUGCCCUCUUCUUGGACAUGGUGCCCGAGUCCUGGGGAAGGAAGUCCUACCCUUCCACAGCCAGCCUGGGUACGUGGUUCACUGACCUCCUCGCUCGCAUCAACGAGCUGGACACCUGGACUGGAGAUUUCUCCCUGCCCUGCACGGUGUGGCUUGGGGGGUUCUUCAACCCCCAGUCCAUCCUGACAGCCAUCAUGCAGACCACGGCCAGGAAGAACAAGUGGCCUUUGGACAGGAUGGCCCUGCAGUGUGAUGUGACAAAGAAGAGCAGAGAGGAUUUUGCCAGCCCCCCUCGGGAAGGGGCCUAUGUCCAUGGCCUGUUCAUGGAAGGAGCACGCUGGGAUGCACAGGCCGGGCUGAUCACCGAUGCCAGGCUCAAGGAGCUCACCCCAGCCAUGCCUGUCCUGUUCAUCAGGGCCAUCCCUGCUGACAAACAGGACACCAGGGCCAUGUACCCAUGUCCUCUGUACAAAACACGCCAGAGAGGCCCAACUUACGUGUGGACUUUCAACCUUAAAACCAAGGACAACCCUACCAAGUGGGUGCUGGCUGGUGUGGCCCUGCUGCUGCAGGUUUAGGGGCACCCCCACACCUCUCAUUUGCAAAUCCCAACAUUGCCUUCCUCAGGCAAUUUAAAAAAUUAAAUGCUAAGGUUUAGCCCAAGCUCCAUCUCUCCAAUGGACUCAGUCCCCAGGACUCUCUCUGAGCACUGGAGACAUGGCCAUAACAGAGCCUGUGAGAGGUGACAGAGGUGCAGAGGGACACGUGGACCAGGCUCAUGGCUGCUGUAAACCCAGAUCCUGUAAUUCCUACCCUGCUGCACUGGGGCACUGGAAGAUCCCAGCCUGCAGCCUGAUAAUCCACACUCAGAGGUGUGAAAUAUCUUAAUCUAAAUCUAGUUUUUAUUUCUAUUUUAUAUUCCAAAGUAGUUUUAAAAUCAGUGGACUUUUCCAAAACACUCAGAUAGUCCAGUGACUUGUGAAAUUCUCCAGACCUUGUAUUUUUUCUCUGUGUUUCUUUCCCAUGUGUGUGAUGUUGAAAGCUGGGAGGUGAGCAGAUGUUGUGGUUAUAAACUGUUUCUUGCUAACUUUCUAAAUUUUAGAAACACUGAAAAUAGUGGUAAUAUCCAAUGUGCUUAAUGGAAUCAACUGUAAAAUAGAGCACAGGCGUUAUUUAAGAGAAUUUUUCGUGGUCAUAGAGACUUACUGUGUCUGGCUGAGCUGGAGCUCAUUUCCCCACAGCAGCCCUCACAGUGCUGUGCUGUGCACUGGUAGCCAGAAGGGUGUUGGUAACACACCAGUGUUUUGGCUGCUGCUGAGCACAGCACCAGCACUGUAACACUCCCUCCUCAAUGAAAGGAAGAUCUUGGGAAGGGACACAGCUGGGCCAGCUGAUCCAAACGGAGCAAAGGGAUAU